CGCACUUGCGCAGGGCGCAGCACAUUGUCGGUAGUGAUCAGGUGUUUGAAGAAACCAUUCAGUUCAAGCAAUGAUUAAUAAAACAAAUAGGAUUUGUUUGUUUCCUGAAUAAAAUACUCGAAACCAUGCAUAUUAUUUUUCGAUAAAAAAGGUCAACAAAAUACCCACCGGUGAUGAAUAGCGUAAGGUUAGGGUACCUUUUAACAAUAACUGUUAUGACCUUUAUUGCAAUAAUUUACCAAAUUCAAAUCGUUCGACUUCAAGAAAAAAUCUUCCACCUUGAAAACAAUGCAAAUCAAAACGACCGUAAACAACAGAGUCGAGAAGAGUUAGAGAACGACGAUUUAGUAGUUGUAUACAAUCGAGUACCAAAGACUGGAUCCACAAGCUUCAUAGGCGUCGCUUACGACUUGUGUAAAAAGAAUAAAUUCCAUGUUUUACACGUGAACAUAACUGCCAAUAAUCACGUUUUAUCGCUAAACAAUCAACACGAAUUCGUUCAUAACGUCACCACCUGGAAGGCGAUGAAACCGGGGAUCUACCACGGCCACUUUGCCUUCAUCGACUUCACGAAAUUCGGGGGCCCUAAGCCCUUGUUCAUCAACAUUCUCCGAAAGCCCCUAGAGCGGUUCAUUUCCUACUACUACUUUGUCAGAUACGGGGACAACUACCGGCCCUAUCUGGUGCGCCGCAAGCACGGCAACACCAUGUCUUUCGACGAAUGCGUUGAGAAAAACCUCCCUGACUGCGACCCCAACCACAUGUGGCUCCAGAUCCCCUUCUUGUGCGGGCACGCCGCCAACUGCUGGAAGCCCGGCAAUAAGUGGGCCCUAACCGAGGCAAAGAAGAACUUAGUCAACAAUUACCUCCUCGUGGGAGUAACGGACGAGAUCAACGACUUUGUUGCCGUUUUAGAGCAAACCCUUCCACGGAUAUUCAAAGGCGCGUUCAACCACUACCUCACCAGCAACAAGUCGCACUUGAGGCAGACCGUUCAGAAGGACGCGCCUUCUCCGACCACCGUCAAGAAAAUCCAAGAGAGCACAGUGUGGCAGAUGGAAAACGAGCUCUACGAGUUCGCCUUGGACCAAUUCCACUUUAUUAAAAAACACACUCUUAAAGACAAACUACAGAACGUCAUGUACGAGAAGAUACGGCCCAAAAUCAACUAACUCACGCCGCGAGAUAUUAUUUUUCUAUGUGCACGACUUAAACCGCUGUCUAAUGUACUUAUUUAUAAUAAAUUGAGAUUAUUUAA